CCCUUCCGCUAGUCAUCCCUUCAUUUCACGCCUAAACCCCGACCCCUCCCUCUCGUCGGCGUCGUCGCUUCUCUCUCUCUCUCUCUCGGGUUCCGCUCCUCAUGGCCGGGCUCGGCACUGGCCUGGGAGCGCGCCCCUCCGCCGCCUUCGAGGCUAGCUGGUUCCGGCCACUCGCUUCCCCUCUCCGCCCCCGCUCCGGGAAAUUGAUAGUGCCAAAGCGAUCCUUCACUGUGUCGAGUAAGCUUGCGUGGGUUGAAGAUGAGCUCAUGGAGAUAAGCAAGUCACAAGAGCAAAGUUCAGUAAAAUCAAAGAAAAGGCCACCUUUAAGACGUGGCAAGGUCUCCCCACAACUUCCUGUACCAGAGCACAUUCCAAAACCAUCUUACGUUGGUUCAAAAGGAUUGCCAGAACUAUGCAAGGGUGAACUACAUGAUGCUCAAGGGAUUGCUGGAAUGAGAGCUGCUUGCAAACUUGCUGCCCGUGUUCUUGACUUUGCUGGGACUUUAGUUAAGCCAUCAGUUACCACAAAUGAAAUCGACGCUGCAGUGCAUAAUAUGAUCAUUGAGGCUGGUGCUUAUCCUUCUCCACUUGGCUAUCGUGGAUUCCCUAAAAGUAUAUGUACAUCAGUAAAUGAGUGUGUCUGUCACGGAAUCCCUGAUUCAACACAGCUGCAGAAUGGGGACAUUAUAAAUAUUGAUGUAAAUGUGUUCUUGAAUGGAUACCAUGGGGGUACCUCCAAAACAUUUGUAUGUGGACAGGUGGAUGAUUCUAUCAAGCAUUUCUUGAAGGCAGCUGAGGAAUGCUUGGAGAAGGGCAUUUCUGUCUGCAGGGAUGGUGUGAACUACAGAAAGAUUGGCAAGAAAAUAAGCAAGCUUGCUUAUUUUUAUGGCUAUUAUGUGGUGGAACGCUUUGUUGGGCAUGGAAUUGGAACUAUGUAUCAUUCUGAGCCACUUAUCCUACAUCAUGCCAACGAAAACUCAGGGCGGAUGGUUGAGGGUCAAAUAUUUACGAUUGAACCUAUACUUACAAUGGAGAAAACAGAAUGUGUUACAUGGGAAGAUGGAUGGACGACUGUCACUGCUGAUGGUAGCUGGGCUGCUCAGUUUGAGCAUACCAUAUUGGUCACUAGGAAUGGUGCAGAAAUACUGACAAAACUUUGAGUUUAUCUCCUGCUGAUCCUUGUCAAAAUUGAGCCAUUACUUUCAAAUGAGACGGUUCUGCAGCAGCAGCAGCCUCCAGCCUAAUAUCCGAAAUAUCUACCAAAGUGGUCUAGGCCCACAUAUGGCAAGGUUUUUCCCUAUGUAGGGACCGGGCAGGGGAUGUGGGGGCACACGACUGCAUCUGUUUGUUAUUGCUGUUCACCUGCUGGCUGCUGUAGUGAUAUUGCAGGGUGGAAGUCCUGUCUAACAUAUUCAUCACUAAUGAAGCUUAUAGGAGAUCUGCUGUAUAUGAAAUAGUAGUGUCAGCUGUAGUUCAGUUUGUUACAAGACUGUUCCAAAAAUGAUAUGGGAAAAAAAUCAUUCAUGAUAUCUAUUGUAGAAGCAAAGUUGCAACCCUUGGUCACAAUAAACCUUUCGCCCGGAUCUGCCGUUGUGGAAUCUAUUGCGCUGCACUGUCUGGUAACACAAGUUGCGUUAUACAAACAUAAGAUGGCCGCAGGGCACUGGAACAUGAUAUGUCAUCAGUUUCUUCUUUUGAGUUGAAAUGUUGCAGGCUGAAAUCUUGAAAUUUGAGGAGCUGCCAGAGAAAGGUUUUGAGUUCCAGAGAUUAUUCAAAUAUCUUGAUAGUCGACUUGUUCGCUUCAGCUUAUUCAGCCGGUUUAUCAGCUACCAAACAAUAUUUUUCUCUCACAACAAAUCAGCCGUUUCAGCUUUUCAGCCGGCUUAUAAGCUGAAGCGAACAGGCUAGUGUUCCUGUUCCUUUUGACUUCUUUCACCUAAGGAGCGGCUGCAAUGCUGCAUGCCGCUGUUACCUUACAUGUACUGAUAACCAUGGGCACUUGGCUGGCUUCAUCCAAGUAACUCAACCUGGUCCUUCAAAUACUACAGGGACAGCAAAUCGAGACUACUGUCUUAUGGAGGGGGAACUAGCGUGUCAUUUAUCGCUGCCUCAUUGGGAUUGCGCUUGUCAAAUUGAAUGCGUACGGGAGAACCAGAGCUUCUUGGCCUCUUGGGUCCCUGCCUCCCUCCCCUGGGCGUACAAGUUCCCCACGUGAGAGUACACAUCUGAUGGUCUCACCUGAAUCGGCACAUUCCGGACAAAAGUUCCCCAAGUGGGAGUACAUUUUCCGGACAAAAGUUGUAUCAAUAUAUUUGUAUCUCACAGAUCUUUCAACAUAAUAUUCGAUUUUGUAGCAAA